CUCACUGAGCGUUUCCGCGGCAGCCGCGGCGGCCGACCUGAGUGUUCGCGGCCGGGAGAGCCAAGGGAUGGGGCCUGCGCCGCAGGGCGGGAAAGGGCGGCUGGGAAGUGGUCCCUGCCUUAGCCACGCUCCAGCGCCUGACACCCUCCACGAAAGGUUGCUCCAGUUACUCCUGUUUUGCAGUUAAGAAAACGUCUCAGAGACUGGCAGUAACUUGGCCAAGGCCACACAGCUGGAAGGAUGGCAAAUAAGUUCGGGAUUCGGACUCUACAUCCUCAACCUCCUGCACCCCAGGACUGUGAGGUGAGGCUGUAAACACUCCAUUUCCAGACACUCCACAAAGCAUUUCAUCUCCCGGAAUUUGGGCUACUGAAGACUCCUGAUAUUUCAGUGGCGGAGGUUUUGCCUAGCUGCUGGACUUGUGGCUGAGCCUGUCUUCUUCAACUCCGCUUCUCCGUGUGGCACUACUGCCCAGCCCCACAUCUCCUCCGUGCAGCAUACUGGCCGCUGUCCGUGCACGCAGACCUCUGGCCGCCAACAGGAAGGACUGCAGGCUCCAGGGGGGCAGGCGCCAAGGCCGCCCUCCGCGGGACCCGGUACCAGGCAGGCGCCCCGGGAUGGCAGACUGGGCCAGGACCGAAGCCGAAUCCUUCUUUUGCCUGCGGCAUGGUUAAGUAUGGACCUCGCUCGCUACGGUGCGAACGCGUUGGGUCAAGCUCUAAGCCCAGAAGUGGGGCUCGGCUGGGUCUGAGGCUCUCUGCUCCGGACAGCUUAGAAGCCCGGCGGGGACGUGGGCAGCCUUAGAGACCUCAGGCGCCGGCCUCGCUGGAGCCGCGCCGCCGCUUCACAUUGCGCACGCGCGGGGGCUGGCGCAGGCUCCGCCCCCCGGGUAGGGACCUACAGCGGGCGCGGCGCCGGCGGUCUGCGGCCGGCGGUGUAGACGCCCCUUCGCCGGGAUCUGGCACCCGAAUCCGGCCUGCCGGUGUUACCUGGAAUGUCAGAGAGCUGAAAGCAGUCAUAUUUUGGGAUCAUGCACCUACUGUGGCAGUAUAUAAAAAAAAAUAAUUAAGUAUGCACCCAAGAAGUAUCUGCGCCCCUACCCAUCACAAACUGUAUAGAAGGAUAUCUCCUAAGGAUUUUAUCAUGUGAAAACUUGCUGAAUUUUAGUUGGCUCUUUUUAGAAAUGCAGAUAAGAUGAAGGAUAUUGGACAGCAGCUAUACACUACACACUUGAACGGUGGACAUAAUUCCUUGACCAUGUCACCCAAACAGCCUGAUGCUAAUGGAGCACCUCGGCCAGAUAGACAAGAAGCACAAACCCUUUUGUAUCAAGGCUCAGAGGCAGAGGCUGCCAUGAUGACCAUUGCUACAUGUGCAAAGUGCAAAAGUGUUCACAAGAUCUCUCUUCAAGAUUUGCAGAAGGGUACAGGGAAGGACGGUAUGUAUGUCUGCUUCCAGUGCAGCCUCAGUGCAGCUCCUCCCAAUUUUCAUUUUGUGAGCAAUAAUCCCAGUGCUACUCAUGUUGGAAAUAAAACUGAAAACUUCUCAAGUUCUGUCAAUAACAGAUUUAAGGUAAGGAACUUUAAGCCAGGCAAAUACUAUUGUGAUAAAUGUCGAUUCUCCACAAAGGACCUGCUGCAGUACAAAAAGCACACCCUUCAACACGAGGAGAUUAAAUUCAUUUGUUCUCACUGCAGCUACAUUUCGUAUACGAAAGGAGAGUUUCAGAGGCAUUUGGUGAAACACACAGGCGUAUUUCCUUAUCAGUGUGAGUAUUGUGACUAUGGUGCUAUUAGAAAUGAUUAUAUUGUCAAACACACGAAGAGAGUACAUGAAAGGGCAGGUGCGAAACGGCCAGUCAAAGCUGUUGCCAAGCUGGAGCCAAAAAGAACCGGAACUUCAAAACAAAACCCAGAGUUUCUAAAAGCUUCCAAUCCACGGACUACAUUUCAAAAUAAGUGGUCAGAUCAACUGUCAGGUUUCUCUCUCCAUGCAAAUAAAGACAAAAUGCACAAUAUCAUGUUGUUACCUGAACCAAAGGAAUACCAAAAAGAUGUAGUUUGUAUUCCAAAUAAAAUGACCCUGUCUGAGCCAAAUGAAGUGAACCUAUUUGAGAACAAAAAUGUUGAAGUAGAAGUGUUAUCCCCUGCGAAAGAACCUGUUCAGCCAGGUAUGCCAUUGACGGUUGUUGCACCAGCAGAACUAGUUGUCCCUGCAAACUGUUUAGCCCAGUUGAUAGACGUGAAGGUUGUCAAUGGUACACAGCAGCUUGUUCUGAAACUGUUUCCGCUGGAAGAAAAUAAUUGCCUUGAAGCUGGGAGGGGUAAUGGAGGUAAUUCUGAACGUAUGGUGAAAGAGAAGGGUUCAAAUGAACAAGAAAAAGUACUUUCUGCAGAAAAAAAGUCACUGACAGUUGACGGGAAUGUUGGAAAACUCGUAGGCAUUGAUAGUUUUCAACCUUCAGUUCAGAAACAGCUUAAAAAUGUGAAAUGGUUAAGGUCUUAUGAUUUUAUUAUGCCAAAUUCUAGUGUGCACAACAAUGGAAAAUCCUUCAUUAAUUCGGAAACAAUUGAGGAUUUUCAGAAAAAAAAUAAUUUGUAUCCACAUAGAACUGCUUUUCCUUCCGUUGCCUUAAAAGGUCAUUCUCUAGCAUCUGUAUUUAAAAACAGUGUUUUACGUAGUCUUGGAGCUGCAUCAAACCCUUUUCCAUAUAAAGCUGCUGUUUGUUUUGCUGAAAAUGGAAGAAAUUUACACAGUAACUCACAGCAGUUACUCCCUUUUGCUGCAUCACCUGCAACCUUUUCCUUCUCUGGAGAAAAGGGCUUAUUGCCUGUAAGUGAAAAUGACUUGGAAUCUAGAAGUAAAAUCAGUAUUCCUGUAAAAAUGGUUUCCUGUAAUAGGAAGCAGGAAGAUUACCAGACAGAGGAACACAAGGCAGUUUCAACUGUAGGCCAGAUUUCCUCUCAAUGUAAGAGUGAGUAUUUACAUAUAAACAUAACUGGAGAAGAUAGAUCUCAACAGCCUGGGGAUAAGCCUUUGGAAUUAAAGAAUUCUGAAAGGACUAACAACACUAAUGAUGGCCCAGUCAUCUCAUCAGUAUUUUCUCUGAGCUCUGGAUCUGAAAAUGUCCCCGAGGGCAUUAAGUGGAAUAGCUCAACGUCUAAAAUAAAGUCAAUUGAAUUGUUGCGCAGAAAGAUAGCUCAGUUAAUUGAGUCCUGUGGCAAGCCUUCAUCUUUGGCUUCAAAUAGUGCACAUCGUCACUCUGUAGGGCAGGCAUCAAAGGGAACUUCAAAAGCUACCUCUGAAGGUAUUCAAGAAAUCAACGUGUCACUCACUGGUCCUGGCCAUUCCACAGGUCCUCUUCAGAAACCUCCGAAUGAUGGUGGUGGUACUGGUAAUAGACAGCUUACUCAUCAACAAAUAUAUCCACACUUUGCAGAUGGCAGUAAUAGGAAAACCAAAAGCAGAGUGGCCAGGAAGGCUCAUGCUGCCACGCCAGUGUUAAUCCCCAAAGGGGCUGUGUUGAGGGUUGUUAAUUCCUCUAAGAAUGCCCACAUCAUAGAGGCUACAUGUGAAGCACCUGUCAGCAUAUCUUGCAGUGAAACACAGUUAAUAAAACCAGUUCCAUUUUGCCCUGUGAAACAGGCGGACUCAGACUUACAGCCUUUAAGAAGUGAAAGGGGGCCAAUAGAUAUGUCCCAAAAUAUCGAGACACCUCUGCGGCCUAAACUGAGAAAAGAGAGUGCUGUCUGUAACACCAUCCAUAAAAAAACUGGCCUCUUGUAUGGACAGCAAGGAAGCAGUGAAUUAAAUAAGCAAGGGAGACUGCUUUCCAGAAGUCUUUCUAUAAGUAGAAAUAAAAGCAAACAAGUACACUUAUCCAGGAAGAAAAACAAAAUUCAGGCUGAGCCCAGCCGCUGUCUCAAGGAUCCUUCAGUUUUUCAGGUUGCAAGGCAACUAAGACUGAUAGCAGCUAAGCCAGAUCAGUUGAUUAAGUGUCCCCGUCGGAACCAGCCAGUCAUUGUGUUAAAUCACCCUGAUGUGGACUCACCAGAAGUGACCAAUGUGAUGAAGGUAAUAAAUAAAUACAAAGGCAAUGUCCUCAAAGUUGUUUUAUCAGAGAGGACUAGGUGUCAGCUAGGCAUCAGACGGCAUCAUGUACGCCUGACUUACCAGAAUGCGGAAGAAGCCAGUCAAAUUAAAAGGCAAAUGAUGUUGAAAAUGAAACUCAAAAAAGUUCAUAAAAACAACUACCAGGUAGUGGAUUCCUUGCCUGAUGAUUCUUCACAGUGUGUAUUUAAGUGCUGGUUUUGUGGGCGGCUGUAUGAAGACCAGGAAGAGUGGAUGAGUCAUGGCCAACGGCAUUUGAUAGAAGCAACUAGAGAUUGGGAUGUUCUUUCCUCCAAGGGCAAAUAAGGCCCAAGGAGUCAUAAGGGAAAGGAAGAGAAUUGGACUUGUGACAAAUAUUGGCAGAUCUGAGGAAAAGGGAGAUUAUGAGAAUUCACUCAACGUGGUAUCUCAGAUAGUGUUGAUUCAAUAAGCACUUACUAAUUGAUUGACAUCUUUUCUGGAGCAGGCACAGACCAUCUUGAUGUAACAGACAGCACUGGGUUCAAGGCCUCGCAAUUGCUGUGUUCUCUCUCCCUCAGCACCCAGAGAUGCCCUCUGCAUCAUGCUGCUGUGCCUGCUGCUGCCAAUGGGUGAGGGAGGGGUGGUGUUGGUAAUUCAGGGCUGUUUUUUCUAUCUCUUUAGUGCCUCUUUCAGCUAUAUGAAGUUAAAACCAGGUGCUGUGUGUGCUCACAUGAUUAUUAGUUCUUAUAAAGGUGUUUUUUUUCUGUGUAGAUAGGUGUUAACUUGGUCAUCUUGUUGGGGGGACAAUCAGUGGAGCUUUCUAUUCCAUCAUCUUGCUUUGCCUUUCCCCACUGUAUCUUUGUAUUCACAGUUCCCUCUUCUAAGGAUACCAGCCAUACUGGAUUUAGAGUCCACUCUAAUCCAAUAUGACCACCUAAUUAUAUCUGCAGAGAUCCUAUUUCUAUAUAUGGUCACAUUGAUAACUUUUAGGGCUUUAGACUUGAGGGAACACAAUUCAAUCCACAACAGUGCACAUAUGUGAAGUUUCUCUAUUAACCUUUAGUCUACAAUCUAGACUUUAAGACAAACAAUCAGACAACAAUUUGCAUCCCCUUGCCUCAAUUUGGUAAUGUUUGUCAUCUAGGCUUCUGGCCAAGUUGUCUUAUUUAGCUUUUAGUAAACUACUUUAAGAUUUGCAUUUUAAUUUUACUGUUGCUCAGAAGCAUUUGAAAAUUAACCAUUCUAGUUUUCUUAAAACCUUCCUUUCUCUAGCCUUUCCAAAUCAGUGUUUCUUCCUGAGUUGCCGUCUUAUCCUUCCAAGCAUCUCCUUCAAGUAUCCAUCUGUGUCAGGGGUCCCACCAAGACCACCCCGAGUUUUCAUGACCCACUACAAGAGCUCUCAGGACCCAUCAUAUAGUCAUACUUGUAGCUAAGAUUUAUCGCAGUGAAGGGAUAAAAAAUACAGUGAGCAAAAGGGGAGGGUACAUAGAGACAAGUCCAGAACAAACCAGGUACAAGCCCCCAGGAAUCUUCUAAUUGUGGAGUCACACAGGGCACACUUAACUCCUACUGCAAGGAGUUGUGACAAAGUACCUACCUGGGAAGCUCAUUAGAGGUUUUUAUUAGAGCUCAUAAAAAACAGUUUUUAUUGGGGCCUGGUUUUGUUGACACCCUCUGCCUGGCAUGCAUUCAGCACAAACCACAUUGUCUGCCCACAAUGGGCACAGUGAGACACUCUUAUUGAGAGGAAACUUCCUAUCAGUGUGAGUAACUGUUUACCAGCCUGGGGCCAACCUUCAAGCAGACCCUUCUAAAGAUCAGUCUCAGACACCGCUGUGUUAGCUCUUUUCUUCUACCCUUUACCACUUCCCUUCUCUUUUUGCCAUUCCCUUGGGAUCUUCCUAAAUUUUUAUUUCUCCAGAUGAAUUAAAUAAUAGUUAAAGAACAUUUAAAGUAAUUUUUUUGCAUGCUGGGCAUUACUUGAGAUUAUAAUUUGUUUAUGAUAUAUAAAGAUGUAUUUCCAUUUUUGACACAGUGAAAAAAAUGAUAGACAACAGAGGCACAUCCUGUGCUUGCAUAUGUAGGAAGUCAAUAUUAUUCAAAUAGAAAGAGAGGAAGUCAAACUACCUCUUUGCAGACAAUAUAUUUCUAUCUAGAAAACCCCAUAGUCUCGGUCCAAAGGCUCCUAGAACUGAUAAACAACUGCAGUGAAGUUUCAGAAUAUCAAAUUGAUAUACAAAAAUUAUACACCAGUAACAUCCAAGCUGAGGGCAAAAUCUAGAAUGCAAUCCCAUUCACAAAAGCCAAAAAAAACCCAAAAAACAAAAAACAAAAGUAAGAUACCUAGGAACAUAGCUAACUAGAGAGGUGAAACAUCUCUGCAAAAAGGAUUACAAAACACGGCUUAAAAAAAUCAGAGAUGACGGCCGGCGUGGUGGGUCAUGCCUGUAAUCCCAGCACUUUGGGAGACUGAGGCAGGUAGAUCACCUGAGGUCAGGAGUUCGAGACCAGCCUGGCCAACAUGGUGAAACCUGUCUCUACUAAAAAUACAAAAAUUAGCCAGGCAUGGUGGCGGGUGCCUGUAAUCCCAGCUUCUUGAGAGGCUGAGGCAGGAGAAUUGCUUGAACCUGGGAGGCAGUGAGCCAAGAUUGCACCACUAUACUGCAGCCUGGGCGACAGAGGAAGACUCCAUCUCAAAAAAAAAGGAAAAGAAAAGAAAUCAGAGAUGACACAAACAAAUGUAAAAACAUUCCAUGCUCAUGGAUAGGAAGACUAGACUCAACAUUGUUAAAAUGGCCUUAUUACCCAAAGCAACUUACAGAUUCAGUGCUAUUUCUCUCAGACCAGCAACAUCAUUUUUCACAGAAUUAGAAAAAAAAAUGAUUCUAAAAUUCAUAUGGAACUAAAAAGACUGAAUAGCCAAAGGAAUCCUAAGCCGAAAGAACAAAGCCAGAAGCACCACACUACUGGACUUCAAACUAUACCACAAGGCUACAGUAACCAAAACAACAUGGUACUGGUACCAAAACAGAUAUAUAGACCAAUGGAAUAGGUUAGGAAACCCAGAAAUAAAGCCACACACCUACAGCCAUCUGGUCUUUGACAUAAUUGACAAAAACGAGAAAUGGGGAAAGGACUCCUUAAUAAAUAGUGCUGGGAUAACGGGCUAGCCAUAUGCAGAAGAUUGAAACUGGACCCCUUCCUCUCACCACAUACAAAACUCAAUUUAAGAUGGAUUAAAGUCUUAAAUGUAAGACCUAAAACUAUGAAAACCUUAGAAGAAAACCUAGAAAAUGCCAUUCAGGACAUAGGUCUUGGCAAAGAUUUCAGGACAAAGUCUCCAAAAGCAAUUGCAAUAAAGAAUAUUUGUAGAUAAGUAGGACCCAAUUAAAUAACUUCUGCACAGCAAAAGAAACUAUCAACAGAGUAAACAGACAGCCUCCAGAAUGGGAGAAAAUAUGUGCAAACUAUGCACCUGACAAAGUUCUAAUAUCCAGAAUCUAUAGGGAAUCUUAAAUCAGCAAGCAAAAAACAAGCAACCUUGUUAAAAUGGGUAAAGGACAUGAACAGACAUUUCUCAAGAUGACAUUUCUCAAAAGAAGACAUAUGCACAGCCAAACAUUAAAAAUGCUGAACAUCACUAAUCAUUAGAGAAAUGCAAAUCAAAACUACAAUGAGGUGUCAUAUCCCACACCAGUCGGAAUGUCUAUUAUUAAAGUCAGAAAAUUACAGAUGCUGGCAAGAUUUUGGAGAAAAGGGAAUGCUUAUAUACUUCUGGUGGGAAUGUAAAUUAGUUCAGCCACUGUAGAAAGCAGUUGGAGAUUUCUCAAAGAACUCAGAACUACUGUUUGACCCAGCAAAAUCAUUAUUGAGUAUAUGCCUGUAUUAGUCCAUUCUCGCACUGCUAUAAAGAGAUACCUGAAACUGGGUAAUUCCUAAAGAAUACCUGAAACUGGGUAAUUCCUAAAGAAUUAAUUGGCUUAUGGUUCUGCAGGCUGCACAGGAAGCAUGAUGCUGGCCUCUGCUUCUGGGGAGGUCUCAGGAAACUUUCAAUCAUGGUGGAAGGCAAAAGGGAAGAAAGGCACAUCUUACAUGGCCAGAGCAGAAGGAAGAGAGUGAGGGGGGAGGUGCUACACACUUUUAAACAGCCAGUUCUCAUGAGAACUCACUCACUACCAUGAGAACAGCACCAAAGGGAUGAUGCUAAAUCAUUCAUAAGCAGCCUGUCCCCCUCUGAACCUAAAAGGUGAAAAAGGAGAAAAAAAAGAUUUGAUUAUGUAUAGGUCCCCCACAUUUCUUAGGCUUAUUCCUAUGUGUUUAAUUGUUUUACCUUAGUUCUAUAAAUAUGAUCUUUUCUUCCAUUAUAUGUUGAUCAUUCAUUGUUUUUAAUCUUUUUUUAAAAAAUGUUACUAAUUUAUAUAUAUUAAAGUUCCAACUUGUCACAUUUAUGUAGUAUUAGUAGAUACCAAAAUAAUUCAUAGAAAAUUAGUAUACAUAUUUAGAAAUAAUUAUUGCAAAUAACAUACCAAGUUCUUCUUAUACCUGUUUUUCUCUUCUAUUUAACUGCUUUGACUGGUACAUUCAGAAUAAUAUUAAAUACUACUAGUUAUUCAGAAGGCUGAGAAGGUAGGAUUGCUUGAGCCUAGGGGUUUGAGACCGGCCUGGGCAGUAUACCAAGACACGUCUCUAAAAACAAACAUUUUAAAUAGUACUACUAAUAUCAAAUCUAGUGUUAGUACUAGUAAGUAUCAGAUUACUUUUGGUAUUUCACUCUAAUCCAGGCUUAUUGCUUUGGGUGGAGGAAUCUGAUUAGAAAUAUAUAUAACUUGCUAGAUAUUAAAAUCUAUGUUCCCAUAUGUACUUAGGUCUGCAUGUGAACGUACUAUUCUAUACAGUUAUUUUCUUUUCCUGUAUUACAUUCUCAAUUAUUGAACUUUAUAAUAAACUUUAACAUCUACAAUCUAAUAAUUACUUUUUGGGAAGGGUUGUUGAGUUUUUUUUUCAAAUGUCUUUCACAUUGUAAUGAUUAUAUGUGAGUUUUUUACUCCUUGGGGCUAUUAAUAAAGUAAAUCAUUGAACCAUCCUGAAUUCCAUUUAACUGAUUGUAUUAUUGAUACUAUUCCUGUUGUUACUAUUGAUACUAUUAUACCCAACAAAAUAUAGUUUAUAUACAUGUUCCUAGUGGGCCUCCUAAUAUUUUACAUUGCUUUAGAGAUUUGAUACUCCAAGCAAUAUUUCCUUAAAAUUAAUGGCAAACAUGUCAUUCCUACAUAAUUCAAUAGCCAGCCCUUUAAAAAAGAUAUUUCUCUUACAUAAAAUAUUAUACCCCCAAAAUUAUGAAUAACUCUUUGGUAUUGUCUAACACCCUAUCUAUAUUCAAAUAUCCCUAAUUGUCUCAAAAUGUAUUGUUCAAACUAAGAUCUAAACAAAGUACUUGCAUUUCAUUUGCUUAUUUUCUUAGCUAUCUAACUUGGCUCUGGAUGCUAUCUGUAAACAGCACAAGUAGUAACUGAAUUUGAGGCAGGUGGUCUGAGGCUAACUUCAUAUGACUUGCAAGAAGCCUACAGCAAUGCCUUGAGCCCCGCAAGAAAUACAGCUGUCUUUCCAGAUUAAAGUCCUGGCCUGCAGAUUUGGCUAAGAAGCAAGAAAAAUAGGAACACCCACCAAAGUCAAGUCAGCCUCACUGGAAAGAUUUGCCUCUUUGGAAUGGAGCCUUAACCAAAGCUCAAACACACUUUUCCUAUUAUUUUCGCCUGAGCCGCCCUUUGCCAAGGGAAUGACUACACAUGCCCAAGUCAGUUCAGAAAGCUAUAAAUCUUCGGCUGGGCCCAGCUAAUGUGUUGUAAUAAAAGGAGAUGUUGAUUCGAUUUUUACAAUCCGUCAUUCCAAGGCCAGAGAAAAACAGGAAAAGAGCUGCUUUUCUUGGAAGAAAGAGAACAUUUGUCAAAUUGUUUCUACUUAUUUGUACUCACACAUCCUGUCUCUCCUAAUAUCUCACCUGUCAGAGACUAACAGGAUAAAAGCGGACAGGUAGAAUGGCUUUAAAUUAUGUGUAUUGAGAAAAAUAAUGAAAAACAGCAUGCAAAAGAAUCCAAGGAAAUUAACAUGGUUGCUGCUUAGUUCCCUCCUGCUCCCCACUGGAGGCUGAGGAGGAAGGUAACAUUUCUAUUCAAUUCAAUCCAAAAAUUGUUAGGAAAUGGAGAUGCAAAGAUGAUGACAUGGCCCUCAGUGAACUCAGAAUAGAUGAGAAGCUUGAAUUUCCUUUUGUAGCACCCUUGGGCUCACUCUUUAUGGUGGUGAUAACAAUUGACACGCUUUAUUUUCCGAUCAACAAGCUUCCGAUCUGACAAGCUGAAGAGGCUUGGCUUUUAGCAACCACAUCAACUCUUGGGAAGGAACUUGAACAGCCCCCACUGGGCUCAUAUAUCUGCCCCCUGGAAAAUCACUGAGUGGUUGGGAAGAGAUAAUCUGAACAGUGAUUCUGGAUUAUAUGUCCUUCCUGCUGGUGGGAGGAAGUACAGUCAGGGAAACCUCUGAAGGGAAGAGCACUUCCAUUACCAAAAUAGAUUUGCCUAGCGAAUAGGCCAAAGCACAGAAACCCACUCCAUGGGAAAACAUCCCAUCUGAUUAUAUGACUGCAGAACAUGGAGGGACAGGACGAGGUUGAAGGUCAACACUUGAAGUCAUCAGCCACCCUUGAAGUUAAAACUGAAGGACAGUAUAGAUAAGAUUGAGUCAAGGAUGAAAGAAUUCAGAGAAUACCACCCUUUAAGACAGGAAGAGAAACAGAAACUAGAGCGAAACAGAGGAGAAUAACGUGCCAAAGAAUGUAUGAGCAUUGUCUCAUUUAACUUCGUCACCAAUACAGCCCUAUAAGGAGGGCAUAAGUGUUUUUUUUUCCCAUUUUAACAGUAAAAUUACUUUGAGUUAUUAUUCUUGCUCAUCAUCAAAUCUGCUAAGUGACAGAGCUGGGACUGGAAUCUUUUCUUGUGAGACUCCAACUCCAUUCUACUAGAAAGAUAACAUAUUCCCCACCAAGGACAUAAGAUAUAUGCUGUUCCCAGAUGUUUUCUCCUAGCACGUGGGAGAAUUUAUUUUUAAAACACAUAUUUUCUUCUUGGCAGUAAAUAGCAUCUUUGCUCCACAAAGAAACCAAAUUAAAAACAGUUCUGAUCCUCA